UUGGCAAACAACAUAUCCCCAUCUAUCGAUCACACAAACACCACAAGAUAGUUUGUUCCAGAGUCCAUAUUCAUAAAAAAUGGCUCUUCAAGCCAAACUUCUUCUGCUGGUUUGCCUCCUAAGCUCGGCCUUACUACAAAUCUCUGAGGCUGAUGGUGGAAUAGCCACCUACUGGGGUCAAAACGGCAACGAAGGAACUCUAGCCGAAGCCUGUAAUACUGGCCUCUAUUCUUACAUAAACAUAGCUUUUCUUAUCCAAUUUGGCAAUGGCCGAGACCUGGUACUCAACCUUGCAGGUCACUGCGACCCACCGUCAAAUACUUGCACCAAGUUCGGGGAAGAGAUAAAGACUUGUCAGAGCCUAGGUAUUAAGGUCCUCCUCUCUAUUGGAGGAGCUGUUGGAAGCUAUUCUCUAUCAUCUGCUGAGGAUGCCAAAAAUGUUGCAGACCAGAUCUGGAAUUCCUAUCUGGGUGGUACUGACUCAUCUGCUACACGUCCUUUUGGCGAUGCCGUUUUAGACGGUGUGGAUUUCGAUAUUGAGGGUGGAUCCAAUCUAUAUUAUGACAAUCUUGCAGCUGACUUGAAGGAAUUAUAUAAUCAACAAUCAACAAAAACUUACUAUCUAUCAGCAGCUCCUCAGUGUCCUUAUCCUGAUUAUUAUCUUGGGACAGCCAUUGACACGGGGCUUUUCGACUUCGUCUGGGUUCAGUUCUAUAAUAAUCCUCCAUGCCAGUAUAGUGCUGAUGCUGGUGUCGAUCUACUUUUAAACUCAUGGAGUGUAUGGACUUCGUCUCUUAAGGCAGGGAAGCUAUUUCUGGGGUUACCCGCGUCCGCCGAUGCUGCCGGAAGCGGGUACAUCCCGCCUGAUGUGCUGAUCGAUCAAGUUCUUCCGGUUAUAAAAAACACGUCCAAGUAUGGAGGUGUGAUGUUAUGGUCCAGGUACUAUGAUGGUCUCAGCGGAUACAGUUCCAUUAUUCUUCCUUAUGUGAUCAAUUUGGAAAAUCUGCUAUUACCGUCUAUGAGAAAAGUAUGAAUAAUAAUCCAGCAUUACCAACUUUUAUAUGUAUGAAGGAGUGACUUGUACCCUGAAAUAGUUAUAUGUAUGUAGUACGUACUAAAUAAAUUGGGUGCUAUUAUCUUUCCGGUUUAAACAAAAAUGAAAAAUAAAUUGAGUGCUAUUAUCUUUCCGGUUUAAACAAAAAUUUGGUGGAAUAUGUUUAUUUUUCUACUUCAAAGGAAUAAUAGUGCGGAAAAUAAUUAAAUGUUUGUUGAUU